AGAUACCGGCGGGCGAGCUGCACCAAGUGGCGAGCGACGAGGACGACGAGGGGGAGGGGCGAGGCGUGCAUGCUGGCGGGGGCUUCAUGGCCGCAGGCAGGCGCGGGCAGCAGGGGGGGCAGCAGGGGGCGCAGGGAGGGGCGCAGCAGGGCAUGGCGUGGAUGGGAGGGGUGGGCCGUGGGAGCAGCUCGGCUGUGCUGCGGGGCUUCUGUGAGGGGCGCGUGGCGCUGGAGGAAUGCAAAUGGUACCCGCCCCCCCACGUGCCCUCCUCCUUCACCCCCCACCACGUCUUCCCCUCCUCCCCACCCCCCUCCGCCAUGUCAGCGCCCUCCACACUCGCCCCGCCGCCAGCCCCUCCCCCCACAGACGCGGCGGUGCAGGCGGCGGUGGAGGGCGUGGCGGCCAUGGUGGCGCGCUGUGGGGCGCACGUGGAGGCGCUGCUGCUGUCUCGGGCAGGGGGAGGGGUGGGGGAAGGGGCGCAGGAAGGCAUGGUGCAGGGCGCAAGCGCGAGGGAGGGAGGGGGAGGAGAGGGCAGUGCGCGGCUGGCGUUCCUGGUGGGCGGGGAGGGCAGUGCGUACUACCGGCGGCGCGUGUGGGAGCUGGCGGAGAGGCAGAGGGCCGCCCAGGGCAGGGCAGCAGCGGGCAAGGCGGUGGGGAGCAGUGGGGGGGAGCGCCUGGGGCCUGAUGCGCGGGGCGCGCUGCUGGGCGAGCAGCCCCUGCCUUCCUCCCAGCCUGCCCCUGCUCCACGUCUAUCAGCGCACCCCACACCCACCUCAACUGCUUUUCCUGCUGCUGCAGCUUCUGCCUUUACUUCUGCCACAUCUCCUGCUGCUCCCCCUGCUCCCACCGUGCUGGCCUUCCAGCAGCACGGGGCGGCGGCUGAGCUGGCAGCGAUGAUGGCGGCGCGCUUCCACAGCAGCGGGCAUGAGGAUCGGGCGGGCAAGGGCGGCAUGAGCAGUGAGAAGGCGGCGCUGCCUGCUGCACCCGGGGCAGGCACUGCGCUGGCAGGGGCGGCAGCAGUGGUGGUGGCUCGGCGGAGGGAGGAGGCGUGGAGGCCGCUGCCUCUGCUGUGCAAGCGCUUCAACCUGCCCGACCCGUACGCGGGCAAGCACGCCUCUGCUUGCCUGCCACCAGAUUUCCCCGCUGCUCCCUGCCCCUUCCCACACGUCCACUCCCCUUCUUCCUCCCCCCGUGUAUUCUGCCCGGCUGGUCCCACUGCCAUGCCUGCCGCCCAAGUGGCAAUCUUUUCGGAUGAUGAAGACAGCGACGACGAUGCUCGUGCCACAUCCGCAGCGCCAGGUGGCAUUGAUGACGUGGCAGCGGCAGAAGCUGCCACGCGGGCUCUUGCCCGGCUGGAGGCAGGUGACUUCCUGGAGGGGCUGGGCGAGGAGCUGGGCUUGCAGGUGGACCCGGGGGAGGUGCGACGCGGGGCAGGGGGCGAGGGCAGGCGAGAGGAGAGGGAGGGCAGCAAGGGUGCGAAGCGGGAGAGUAAGGCGGGAAAGGGGAGGGCAGGAAAGGAGCAGGAGGGUGGUGUGUGGGGCCAAGGGGGUUAUGGCGCUGGCAUGGCAGGCAGUGCGGAGGGUGCAGUUGAAGCAGGGCGGGCGGAACGGGCCAGAGAAGGAGUUGAGAACGUGGUAGGUGGAAGCGGGGCGAGUGAGGCAGCUGUGGGGGAGGAGCGGCAGAGUGAUCAGGGAGACAGUGGAGGUGGUAUGGCUGAUGCACAUGGACGCACGAGAGGUGGUGCCAUGGGGGAAGGAAGGUGCGCACUUGCUGCUGCCGCUGCUGUCGCUGCUGUCAAGAAGAAGAAGCGUGUGCUGACGUCAUCGUCGUCGUCAUCAGCAUCGUCGGGGUCUGACUCGGAUAGCGCAGGCUCUUUGUCUGGUAGAGGGGAGGGGAGGAGGAGGAGGAAGGAGGGGGUGAAGAAAAGGAGCAAUAAACGGUCACGAGAGACUGAUGGGGGGAAGAAGCGACGGAAGAGGACGAAGAGACGAGACAGCGGGAGUACAGGAAGUGAAGAAUCAGAUCAUGCAGCGAGGAGGAAGAAGCACAAGAAGAAGGCAUCACGGAGAAAGCACCACAGGGGAAGGCAUGAGAGCAGCAGUGAGAGCGAUGGGAGCAGCAGUGAGGGUGACAACUGUGGGAGUGACAGCAGCAGCGAGAGGAGACACACCAAGAGCAGACGGCGGCAUGGUGAUAAGGGGGGGCGCAAGAGGCGGAACAAGUGA